UGAUGCACGCCAUCUCCAAGCUCUUCAUUAAUAUGGCUGCCAGCCAGCACACUAAUGGAGCACUAGAACAUUCGCUGCCAGCCAGUAGAGUAAUCGAAUUCGAAGCACACUCGCUGUGCCAGCCAGUAGAAUAAAUGUGCCGCUGCACCGCACUCCUCGCCUGUCCUCGUCCACUCCGCCACCGCAGCAGCAGCAGCUUCCAAUCCCGUCCCUCCCGUGAAGUGCUCUCUCGCCGCCCCAACAUCGCCAUGGAGGCCGCCGCCGAGCUCAGGACCCAGCUCCAAGCCCACCUCACCAUGAUGUACGCCACGGGUGCCGUGGACGCGUAUUUCCAGGAGCUGCAGGAGCUGGACGAGGGCAGUGCAGGCACGGGCCACGUCGCCGAAGUCCUCAACAUCUUCCUCAAUGACGGCGACAGGAUCCUCAGGGACAUCGACAGCCUGCUGAACAAGCCCCUGCACGAGGUGAACUUCUCCAAGGUGGACGCCCUGGUGCAGCAGCUCAAGGGGAGCAGCUCCACUGUUGGUGCUAAGAAAGUGAAUCUCGCUUGCAUGGAGUUCCAACAGUUGUACAUGGCAAAAAACAAAAAAGGAUGCCUCAUGGCAUUGGCUCUUCUUAAGGGUGAUUUCUGUGACUUGCGGAACAAGCUCCAAACUUUUAUGCAGCUGGAGCAGCAGAUCGCGUCCUUGUUUAUUAUGUAG